AUGAAUGUUCAAGACAGGAGGAGGUUACUGGGCCCGGCUGCUGCCAAACCAAUGGCUUUUAGCAACGCUAUCAUUGAUGAGCAACAGAAAAAGCCGGUAAAUAUGCCAUCUAAAGAUAGUGAGAAUGGAGAUGAGCUUUCUUUACAUACUGGGUUCAUUGAGAACUGUAAUGGAUCUGCUUUGGUUGAAGCCAGAAACUUGAGACAUCAAACGUCAUUGAUUACAGCUGUAUAUGGGCCACGUUCUAUUAGAGGUUCCUUCACAUCUCAGGGUACUAUAUCUAUUCAAUUGAAGAACGGUCUUCUGGAAAAAUACAAUACAAACGAGUUAAAAGAAGUUAGUGGUUUUCUGAUGGGUAUUUUCAAUUCAGUCGUCAACCUAUCCCGUUAUCCCAAAUCUGGCAUCGAUAUCUUUGUUUAUCUAACAUAUGACAAGAACCUUCAAAGCGAAGCCCCCGCCGGAGAAUCACAAAGCAAGAAGACGUUUUCUGAAAUAUCGUAUCUCAUACCUCAUUGUAUCACUAGUAUCACGCUGGCGUUAGCAGAUGCCGGUAUCGAAAUAGUAGACAUGGCAGGUGCUGGAGAGGCCAACGGUACUGUUGUAUCGUUUAUCAAAAACGGAGAAGAAAUUGUCGGUGUUUGGAAGGAUGAAGGUAACAACGAAGAUCUUUUAGAAUCCGUCGAUGAUUGCAAAGAACAAUAUAGACGUUACAGGGAUCUAAUGAUAAGCUGUUUAUUGGAACAGAAAAGCCUAGACACAAGUUCAUCUUAG